AUGAAUUCAUUAUGCCUUUUCUUAUUCAUAUUGAAUGCCAUAGGAAAUCCAAAUGAUAAACUUGAUACUAUGGCCAAGAAGACAAUUGAAGAAAUUUUGAUGACUGAAGAAACAUAUUUGUCUGGAUUAUUUGAUUUCAGUGAUUUAAUAUCGAAUUAUCGAGGAACGUUUGAAUACAAAUAUACAAAGAUGGUGGAGACCAUUUUUAAAAAGCAAAAUUUGUUGGUCGAUCAAUUAAUACAAGCAAAGUCUAAAAGCACUGUUGGUGGUGCUCUUGAGUUCCUUCAUUUCUUUACUGAACUUUUUUAUGAUAAAGAUUUGAUCAGCGCUUAUGUUGAUUUUGUUAGUAAAAUUCGUUAUUGGAAUAGUUACUUGGCAAAGAUGAAUCCACAUAAUACAGAUGUGACACUUCGUUCAAUAUCAUCUUUAAUUGUCUCUCCUAUGCAAAGAGUUAUUCGGUACAAACUUUUCAUUGAAAACAUCUCCAAGUUACCACAAUUCAAAGGUAAUCGUGUUGUCCAUCGAGCGUUGAAAAGAAUCAGUUCUGUGGCUGAUUCUAUUAAUAAUGCGUAA